AUGGGGGACGCGUCCACCUCCGCAGCCGCCCCCGCCACGCCCACCUCCACGCUCAUCUGCCUCGAGGACGGCAACGACCUCUUCCUCGACGACGACGACAGCCCCGCCGGCGGCCUGGCGGACUCGCGCCUCGCCGCCGCCGACGGGCUCCUGCUCCUCGACCGCGACGACGAGUACGCCGCGCUCAUGCUCUCCAAGGAGGGCGCCGGCGCUGGCGGCGGCGGCGGCGCGUGCGGCGAGGAGCUGGACGAGUGGACCAAGGCCGCGCGCGCCGCGUGCGUCGACUGGAUUGUCAAGACGAACGCGAGGUUCCUCUUCAGCGGGAAGACGGCGUACGUCGCGGUGACGUACCUCGAUCGGUUCCUGGCGCAGCGGCGAGUCGAUCGGGGGAAGGAGUGGGCCCUGCAGCUGCUCUCGGUGGCCUGCCUGUCGCUGGCGGCCAAGGUGGAGGAGCACCGGGUGCCGCGGCUGCCGGAGUUCCGGCCGGACGAGUACGACUUCGACAGCGCCUCCAUCCUGCGCAUGGAGCUGCUCGUCCUCGGCACGCUCAACUGGCGGAUGAUCGCCGCCACCCCGUUCCCCUACCUGAGCUGCUUCGCGGCCAGGUUCCGGCACGACGAGCGCAGCGCCAUCGUCCUGCGCGCCGUCAAGUGCAUCUUCGCCUCCAUCAAAGCGAUGAGCUCGGUGGAGUACCAGCCGUCGACGAUGGCGCUGGCGUCCAUCCUGGCCGCGCGCGGCGGCAGUGAGGGGACGGGGACGGGGACGGGGACGGGCCCGAGCCUAGAGGAGGAGCUCAAGGCGAUCCUGGGCUCAUCAUGGCAGCAAUUACACACGGAGCAUGUGUAUUCCUGCUACAGCCUGAUGAUCCAGGAGGAGGACAGGUCCACGCAGUCGGGCAGGGAGGUGGCGGCUUCCUCCGGCGUCUCCGCGGCCGCCCCCGCCGGCAGCCCGGGCACCUCCGUCGCCAUGGCCGACGACAAUAACGCCAUUGCCACCGCCUCGGCGGACAACAAUAAGAGGAGACGGGUGCAUUCGCCUCAGCCUCAGCGCCAGUAG